CUCAUGGAACCAGGAAAUAAUACCCGAAUAUUAGAAUUUCUGCUUCUGGGAUUUUCAGAGGGACCAGAGCUGCAGCCCCUCAUAUUUGGGCUUUUCCUCUCCAUGUACCUGAUCGCUGUGCUUGGGAAUCUGCUCAUCAUCCUGGCCGUCAGCUCUGCCUCCCACCUCCACACGCCCAUGUACUUCUUCCUCGCCAACCUGUCCUUUGUGGACAUCUGCGUCACCUCCACCACCGUCCCCAAGAUGCUGUGGAACAUCCAGACUCAGAGCAAAGUCAUAACCUAUGUGGGCUGCAUCACACAGAUGAACUUCUUCUUAAUCUUUUCAGGGUUGGACAUCUAUCUCCUGACCGUGAUGGCCUAUGACAGGUUUGUGGCCAUCUGCCACCCCCUGCACUACAUGGUCAUCAUGAAUCCCCGGCUCUGUGGGCGGAUGGUUCUGGUGUCCUGGGUCACGAGUGUCUUGCAUUCCUUGUUACAAACCUCAAUGGUGUUGCGGCUGUCCUUCUGCACAGAGGUGAAAAUCCCUCACUUUUUCUGUGAACUCAAUCGGAUGAUCCAACUUGCCUGUUCUGACACCUUUCUCAAUAACUUGGUGAUGUAUCUUGCAGCUAUGCUCAUGGCUGGUGGUCCCUUCAUUGGGAUCCUUUACUCUUACUCUAAGAUAGUUUCCUCCAUACGUGGGAUCUCAUCAGCGCAGGGCAAGUAUAAAGCAUUUUCCACCUGUGCGUCUCACCUCUCGGUUGUCUCCUUAUUUUAUUGUACGGGCCUGGGAGUGUACCUUAGCUCCGCUGCUACCCAGAGCUCCCACUCAAGUGCAACAGCCUCGGUGAUGUACACGGUGAUCACACCCAUGCUGAACCCCUUCAUCUACAGCCUGAGGAACAAAGACAUAAAGGAGGCUCUGAUGAGAUUCUCUGGGAUGGUAGCUAUAAAAGGUCCAAUUGUCCUGGGGUUGAAGAAUUUCCCAUGA